UUUGCUGUCUGUCAUACGAACAAAUGAAAUACGGCAACGUCAUGCAAAUGCAAUUCAUGAAAUUGAAGUUUUGAAGCUGUGUCUUGCAAACGACGGUCAUUCGGCUUUUUCUUAAAUUUAUAAAUUGUAUUAAUUUUAUCUUCUCACAAAAUGGCAGAUAACAAAAGUCCUGAUGAUCUUUCCACUGCGAUCCUCCGUCGCAAGGAUAGGCCUAAUCGUUUGAUCGUCGAAGAAGCAGUCAGUGAUGAUAAUUCUGUUGUAGCAUUAUCUCAGGCUAAGAUGGAGCAGCUUCAACUAUUUCGUGGUGACACAGUCUUACUGAAAGGAAAAAGACGCAAAGAAACUGUGUGCAUUGUGCUGUCUGAUGAAAACUGUCCAGAUGAAAAGAUUCGUAUGAACCGAGUAGUCAGAAAUAACUUGCGAGUGCGCCUAUCUGAUAUUGUCUCCAUUGCGCCAUGCCCAUCUGUCAAAUAUGGCAAGAGAGUCCAUAUCCUGCCGAUUGAUGAUUCUGUUGAGGGAUUGACUGGGAACCUAUUUGAAGUAUACCUGAAGCCAUACUUCAUGGAGGCGUACCGGCCCAUCCACCGUGAUGACACAUUCAUGGUCCGUGGUGGUAUGCGUGCUGUGGAGUUCAAAGUGGUGGAGACAGAUCCUGCACCAUACUGUAUAGUAGCACCCGAUACUGUCAUUCAUUGUGAGGGAGAGCCCAUCAAGCGAGAGGAAGAAGAAGAAGCGCUGAAUGCUGUGGGCUAUGACGAUAUUGGUGGCUGUCGCAAGCAGUUAGCCCAGAUCAAAGAGAUGGUGGAACUGCCCCUGCGUCAUCCAUCACUCUUCAAAGCCAUUGGAGUGAAGCCGCCUCGGGGUAUCCUCAUGUAUGGGCCACCUGGUACCGGCAAGACUCUGAUUGCUCGGGCAGUAGCUAAUGAGACUGGUGCAUUCUUUUUCCUGAUCAACGGUCCUGAGAUUAUGUCAAAGUUAGCCGGAGAGUCGGAGUCUAAUCUGCGCAAGGCAUUUGAGGAAGCUGACAAGAACUCACCGGCCAUCAUCUUCAUUGAUGAGCUGGAUGCUAUCGCGCCUAAGAGAGAGAAGACGCACGGUGAAGUGGAGAGACGGAUUGUGUCGCAGUUGCUGACUCUUAUGGACGGGAUGAAAAAAUCAUCGCACGUGAUCGUUAUGGCGGCCACUAACCGACCCAACUCGAUCGACGCCGCCCUGCGUCGGUUCGGACGGUUCGACCGCGAGAUCGACAUUGGCAUUCCGGACGCCACGGGCCGUCUGGAGAUCCUGCGUAUACACACCAAGAACAUGAAGCUGGGAGACGAUGUAGACUUGGAACAGAUCGCGGCCGAAUCCCAUGGACACGUGGGGGCUGAUUUGGCAUCGCUGUGCUCGGAAGCGGCGCUGCAGCAGAUCCGAGAGAAGAUGGACCUCAUCGACCUGGAGGACGAUCAGAUUGAUGCAGAAGUGCUGAACUCGCUCGCUGUCACAAUGGACAACUUCCGCUAUGCAAUGACUAAAUCGUCACCGUCGGCGCUUCGCGAGACAGUGGUGGAGGUGCCCAAUGUGUCUUGGACCGACAUCGGAGGACUGCAGAACGUCAAGCGGGAGCUACAGGAGCUGGUGCAGUACCCGGUGGAGCAUCCGGACAAGUUCCUCAAGUUUGGUAUGCAGCCGUCCCGUGGAGUGCUGUUCUACGGACCACCUGGUUGUGGUAAAACAUUGCUGGCAAAGGCUAUCGCUAACGAAUGUCAAGCUAACUUCAUCUCCGUGAAGGGGCCGGAGCUGCUGACAAUGUGGUUUGGUGAAUCUGAGGCCAAUGUUCGAGACAUCUUUGAUAAGGCUCGUUCCGCGUCGCCGUGUGUGCUGUUCUUCGACGAGCUGGACUCGAUCGCGAAGUCCCGCGGGGGCUCCGUGUCGGACGCAGGCGGCGCCGCGGACCGCGUCAUCAACCAGAUCCUCACAGAGAUGGAUGGCAUGGGCGCUAAGAAGAACGUGUUCAUCAUUGGUGCAACGAAUCGUCCGGACAUCAUCGACCCGGCGAUCCUGCGGCCGGGACGUCUGGACCAGCUGAUCUACAUCCCGCUGCCGGACGAGAAGUCGCGCGAGGCCAUUCUGCGAGCAAACCUGCGCAAGUCGCCCAUCGCCAAGGACGUAGACCUCUCAUAUAUUGCCAAAGUGACGCAAGGCUUCAGUGGCGCCGAUCUGACGGAGAUCUGUCAGCGCGCGUGUAAGCUGGCCAUCCGGCAGGCCAUCGAGGCUGACAUCCAACGUGAGCGAGGACGACAGCAGCAGGCACCCGCCGCUGCCGCCGUCAUGGACAUGGAUGAGGAGGACCCGGUGCCGGAGAUCAGCCGGGCGCACUUUGAGGAGGCGAUGAAGUUCGCGCGGCGCUCUGUGUCCGACAACGACAUCCGGAAGUACGAGAUGUUUGCCCAGACGUUGCAGCAGAGCCGCGGCUUCGGAACCAACUUCAGGUUCCCGACGAGCGCAGGCGCGGCCGGAGGUACGGGGACCUCGGGAGGGGACCAGCCAACGUUCCAGGAGGAGGGAGGAGACGACGACCUCUACAGCUAGACGCGCUACCUCGCCCGACCUCAACACCACGCGACAAUUACAACCAAUAUUGACAGCUGACACCAUACCAUACCACCACAUAAGACAUUCCAUCAAGUCUCAAUGUGUCGGACACAGUGAUAAAUGCUACACCUUAGGACAUUUUGUGUUCUGUUAAGUCACAUUAUGUUGUCACUGUAAAGUGUUGUUCCGAUACAAACACCUGAUUUUAAUACUUUGAUCUCUUCAUUAUUUAUGAAGCACCUGUAAGAGUUAUUUAACUUAGUUAUCCAGCGAUAAUUGUUUUUGUGUAAAAUUAAUAAUCCAUUUCACCAUUUAUUAUGAGGCUUGUUCAUAGACAAGAAGAUCAAACUGACUCAAAUGGUAGCGGAGCUGUAAUAUGGUUGUAAUUGCCGGCAGAUCUUCUGCUACGGGGGAUAUACUUUCAGUUUUAGUACUGAGUUUAUUAUAAAAUAAGAUUAUACACUUCUUACUGUACGGUGGCACGAAACUAUUUUACAGAUCUAUGUAUUGUUGUACCUUGGAAUUGCUUCGGUCUGAAUGGAACCAGUUUGUUUGGAAGCAGAAAUGAAUGAUAUUGUUGGUUACGUGUAUUGUAUAUCGUAGGCUCGGGUACACCGGCGUUACUUGCAGUGAUUUUUAAAUAAAAGAUUUUAUAGGUCUAA